GGUCGUACGGCUGCGUGUUUAAAGCUCAUUAUAAAGAGACGGGGGAGAUCGUAGCCAUCAAACAGGUUCCUGUGGAGUCUGAUCUUCAGGAGAUCAUCAAGGAAAUCUCCAUCAUGCAGCAGUGUAACAGUCCUCAUGUGGUUCGGUACUACGGCAGCUACUUCAAAAACAGUGACCUGUGGAUCGUUAUGGAAUACUGUGGAGCCGGAUCGGUUUCUGAUAUCAUCCGAAUACGCAACAAGACGAUAACAGAAGAGGAGAUAGCGACCAUCCUGCAGUCCACUCUGAAGGGUCUCGAGUAUCUUCACUUCAUGAGAAAAAUCCACAGAGACAUUAAAGCAGGAAACAUCCUGCUGAACACAGAGGGUCAGGCCAAACUGGCCGACUUUGGAGUUGCUGGACAACUGACGGACACCAUGGCGAAGAGAAACACGGUCAUCGGCACGCCGUUCUGGAUGGCUCCAGAGGUCAUACAGGAGAUCGGCUACAACUGCGUGGCAGACAUCUGGUCUCUGGGGAUAACGGCGAUAGAGAUGGCCGAGGGGAAGCCGCCCUACGCCGACAUACAUCCCAUGAGGGCCAUUUUCAUGAUUCCUACCAACCCUCCACCGACGUUCAGGAACCCAGAUCUGUGGUCUCCGGCAUUUAGAAACUUUGUCAGCCAGUGUUUGGUGAAAAACCCAGAACAAAGGGCGACUGCCACGCAGUUGUUACAGCAUCCGUUCAUCAAGUCAGCCAAGCCCAGCUCCAUCCUCAGAGCGCUGAUCACAGACGCCAUGGAGAUCAAACUCAAGAGACAAGAGGAGGCAGAACAGAGAGAGCAGGACGCAGAAGAUGAUGAUAAUUCG